AUGAGAGUAUCUAACAGCAAGGCGUUACAACACAACGUGGGAUCGGGUACAAUAAUUAGCAAUCAAAGCCUCGUGCUUCAAGGAGUUUCCAGAUCGACUGCUGGGAAUUACACGUGCGUUGGAUAUAACACCGAGGGCGAUGGUGAAAGCAAACCCUUCUAUUUAAACGUCAUGUUUACCCCAACGUGCAAGCCUAAUCAAACAAGAGUAUAUGGAGUGGCCAAACAGGAAGAGGCAAGAAUAACAUGUCAAGUGGACGCAAAUCCUACGGACGUGCAAUUCAGGUGGACCUUUAAUAAUUCGGCGGAUUCCGUGGAUGUUGCCUCUUCUCAUAUUGCCAGAAGUGGUACAUCGAGUGUAGUGUCUUAUACGCCAAUGACUGAAUUGGAUUAUGGCACUUUGCUGUGCUACGCUUCGAACAGAAUCGGGCAUCAGAGAGUUCCUUGCGUUUUUCAUAUUAUUGCAGCUGGACGACCUGACCAAGUCCACAAUUGCUCGAUAUCAAAUAUCUCGAUGUCAUCAUUUUCAGUCAAAUGCUCGGAGGGUUUCAAUGGAGGACUACCGCAAUCUUUUUUAUUAGAAGUGCGGGAAAGUCAAACGCAGGAAGUGAAAAGUAAUCUUUCGUCGCCGGUAGCUCGAUUUUCUGUGGGAGGGCUUGAUCCGGGAGCGCAUUAUCAAGCAGGGUUAUAUUCAUUCAACACGAAAGGUCGAAGCGAACCCGUUGUAUUGCAGGCUGCAACCCUUCGACUCCCCGAGAAGCAACUUACCGCAGAAAAGGAUAACACCAGGAGUGCUUUCAGAUUCACACCUAUGACUAGCGUACUUAUAGGUGUAAUAUCAGCCCUUCUCAUUGUUGCCUUAGUAAUUAUCCUCGUGCUGCGAUUGCAAUGUACUCACAAUGAGGGUAGAAGGAAAAGGCAGAAAAACGUAGCCGCCGUUUCAGGAAGCACGGAGCAUCGAGGCUCAACUAGCGGGAUAGCAAUUACGGACAAAUCAGGUGGAAGUCCAAUAUCAAAACACGACUCAAGCGGCGGAGAGUGCGACAGUGAUGAGAAGAAUCCCGAUAUUAUACCACAACCUGUAGAUGUCGACGAUGGUAGUGAUUAUGCGAGAAAACGACAACACGUUUCUACGAUAGAAACGUCGCCUAGUAGAAGUUUAUUACACGCAACCCCCACUUCGGGGGGUUAUAUAGGAUACUGUACAUUACGCAAUGGACUUCCGUUGCAUGAAAUACCAGCUCAACAAAAAAUGGCACCUAUGAUGGGUCCGUAUCCUCAGUGCACACUGCCUCGUCAAGCACCCCAACAAUGGCAGUACGGACCUGUUGCACAUUUACCUCCAAACAUUUACCCCGUACCCCAAUAUCGUGGUCCUCAUCCUCAGCCAAGGCCUCGGCCGACGCCCAGAGAACCUCCUAUACCUCUACAACCCUUAAACGGAGCCGAUGAAGAAACGUCUGUAGAAACUCCCUUAAUGGUUAAUAAACGUGAAAGUACUGUUUGACAAGUAACUUCGUUGUAAUUUAAGGAGUGUAAAAUUUUUUAACGCGGAUUUGUACAAUAUUUAUGAUAUUUAGUCAUCUAGAGAAGGUGUGGGUAAUACAGUUUCGAUGACUGUAUUUGCUUCCUUUCUCUAUUUAUUGUAGUUUUAUGAGAUUUUUGUACUUUUUGUAUUAUGCGAUCUUUUUUAUCUAUAUUUUAUAGUUCACAACGAGAAGGGUAAUUGAUUUAAACUAAUACGUACUGAUAAGUAUACCUUUCAAUUUACCUAUCGAUAUCAUAAAAAGUGAAAUACUAAAAGAGCGAUUAAAGUGGUAUCUCCUCAAUAAACCGGUCAUUUUCCGUUUUUGGUCGCAUGAGAAUAAAAAAAAUGCAAAAGCGAUAUAAGUGGCCUCCUUAGAAGCUUGCCAAAGAUAGCAAUUUUCUUCAAGAUGAUAAUUAAAACAGUGCUCACACACGUUUAUCUCCAUAACCAAAAAAGGUAUGUUGUACCUAGUAUUUAACGUACUUGGGUAUAUAUCAUUGUUAAAAAUUUAAUUUUUUUUAAAUUUAAUUUUCAAUCUUCGUUUGUACUUUGAUACUAGCACUAUUUGGUUGAUAUAAAUCUAAGAUCUUGACUUUAUGAGUAUCCAAUCCACUUAAAUCGCUCUUUAAAACCUAUAUGAUACGUCAAUUUACAGUAACCAUACGUUGCUACAUCCAAAGGACAAUUGAGACAGGGCUGUUUAUUUCUUCCAUUAAUAAAAGCGCACUCGCAACAACAAUCCAAAUAAAAAUGUUAAGUUACUACUAUAGAUUUAAAAUGUAGCAACAUAUCUCUUCAUCAUAGUUUCAUUUUUAUUGAGACUAUAUCGGAGUGAAAACGUGAGUACUGCGUUUGAUAGUAAAUCAUACAUGUGGUACCUACUCACUCUGCUACUAUUUAAGGAUGAUUCUCAGUUACGACAUUUGUUAGUAUAGGCAACUUGUCAAAACUACUAUAAAGUCGUUAAACGUAUUAACAUCCCAUGCCAGUGCGUUGUUUAAAAUUUAUUCCGUGCAGGACUUCGAGGUCUCAAAUCGCUUAUUGGCCAUGGUAUAAUAAAUUAUUGGCGGUCAGAGACUAUCUUAUACUCAUUUGUUGCGCUUCCGAUCGUAUGCGCCAUGACAGCGCCUUUUUUGUUACGGUACCUUUGACAGUAUGACACCUACCUACCGCGAUAGCACUUCUUUCCAAACAGUCGACAAAUUGCCUAUUCAUUCAGAUUGGGAACGUUAAUUCGUAUACAUUUUUGUAUUAUUUAAUAAUUUGGUUUCAUACUUCACAAAUCAUCCUUAAAAGUGAAAUAAAUAAAUUAUAGAUAGUGGUGUAAAUCGAAAAUUUAACGUUAAAUAAAUGAAUGUGAUAUUCAUCUAUCAUAAAAUAGAUUCUCAUUUAAGUAAAUCAAUUUAUUGACUUGACUCAAGUAAGAAAAAGGUUCGCGGUUAUUUCUAGUCGUUAAAUAUCGGUAUCAAAGAGUUUAUGUAUAUUUGUAAAUAUUGUAAAUACUAUUUCUGCCUUUGUAAAUAUAAUCAAAGAAGAGUGUUUUGUAACUAUUAAUUAAAU